CCCCACUGAGAUUACCCUCCGCAACCACUUGCACCAGCAGCGCUGGAUCGUCAGAACCCGCACAAUCGAUGAGGCGGCCGACCUGAUCGCCCCAGCUCCGCACUGGCUGGCCGCUGGCGACAAUUACUGCAUUCCAUCCUAGCAUGAGAAUGCUUCUGCCGCGCGGGCCCUGUCGCGCGCUCGCCCCCAAUGCAGCCCGUCAUCUAAGCGCAGCCUUGGCGUCCACGUCACACCUCAGACUCAAAGAGCAGCCGGCAUCGCAAGUGCAAUCACACGUCCGGCAUGCUUCGACGGACAAGGUCCGGCCAAGAACGGCCGUCUUCUUCCCAGGCCAAGGCGUGCACAAGGUGGGCAUGCUUACACCUUGGCUAGAAGCCUUCCCUGCGACGGCUACGCCCAUCAUCCAAGAGAUCGACCACAUCGUCGGAUUCAAACUCUCGGACGUUAUUCAGAAUGGACCCGGGAAGGUGCUCAACCUGACGCCGAACGCUCAGCCGGCCAUCAUGGCGACGUCGAUCUUGAUUCUACGUAUUCUCGAACAGGAAUUCGGCUUUAGGGUAUCGGAGCGGGCCGACUUCACGCUGGGCCAUUCGCUCGGCGAGUUCGCAGCACUCGUGGCGAGUGGCUUCCUCGAGUUCGAGGACAGCCUCUCCAUGGUGCAAAAGCGCGCCAAGGCCAUGGCUGCGGCCACGGCGGCGGCCGCGAAGGAGUACGGCGGCGAGUACGGCAUGGUGGCCAUCGUGAGCGAGCCCGAGUACAUGCCGUCCCUGAUCAACGCGAUCCACGAAUUUGUGGGCUACAGCAGCGCCGGGAGCAAGGCCGAGAGCGCCGAAGACCGGUCGCCCAUUGAGCAAGUGCUCAUCGCCAACAUCAACAGCAAGAACCAAAUCGUGCUCAGCGGCAACAUUGAGCGCAUCAAGACGCUCGUCGCGCACGUCAGGCAGUUUCUGGGCCAUGACCCGCGUGCCGUGCGCCUCAACAGCGACAGUCCCUUUCAUAGUCCCAUCAUGAAGCCCGCUGUGGCGGUGAUGCACAACAUCCUGGCAGGCAAGAGCCGCGUCCGGGGGAAGGAGGACGAUGACAUCGUCACGUGGCCAGGCACGGUGCCCUGUAUUAGCAACGUCACGGCGCGGCCAUUUGAGAGCAAGGCCGAGCUGAAGGACCUGCUGGCUCGGCAGUGCCUCGAGACGGUGCGCUGGUGGGACAGCAUAAAGUAUCUGGACCAGGAGCAGAAGGUCAGGAGGUGGGUUGGCAUUGGCCCGGGCAAAGUCGGGCGCAACCUGGUGGGCAAGGAGGUGGGCAUGAGGGGUAGGGAUACGGUGAAAGGCGGCGGGGUCUGGGCGAUUACCGACCCGAGCGAAAUCGACGAAGUGCUCAGGGGGUUGGAAGAAACCGAAUACCUUGCUGCUGACGAGGAGUAGACUCUCGUGCUGUCCUGUGCAGGGAAGGCCCGUUGACGCACUCACAUUCUAGAGGUUGCGGACGGUGACGUGCAUGCUGUUGGUUUACACGAAUCAGGGGAAGCGGCGGACAUGGAUGUGAUCGCUCAACAGUGGAACACAACGAAUGCAACAUCCUAUGCAUUCGCGAGACUACUAAGUUAUCUUGCGCUGUCUUAUGCCUGCGCCGAGAUUUAUUAGGUAUUCGCAUUAGUCUAACAUUUGGAUAACGUUAGUCGUCUCAAGAAAUGUUAGACGGACAUGGCAUCGUCUCCACGUCUGAGGUGAUAUUCCGUUAUAAAACGGUCUUCUUUGGUG